GCCGGUGUCGAGAUGUCGUCAAGGUAUUCGUGUCUAGUCGCCAUGAAACAGACAUUGCGGUUCACUUUACGAAAGGAGAAGUCUUCAAGGUGACUCCUACCACAAAUGAAGAAGACCUAAAACGGUUCGUCAAGAUUAGGGUCGAGUCAUUUGUAAAAAAAAUUGGUCUUUUAUGCAUGAUGAGCCUACGGCGGUGUUGCAGCAGCUUGAAAAGGAGAUAUCGGGGGCGCUCCUGACAGGUGCACAAGGAAUCAGGUUUCUCUGGGUGACACUCCAACUCGAAAGUAUCAGCGAUACCGAACGAGUCAAGGACAUCGACAGUAUCCGCAAAGCAUUGACUUCUCUUCCCCCGAAAUUGAGUCAAUCCUACGAAGUCAUCUACAAACGGAUUCAGUCCAUGGGUGAAGGCCCGAGGACGGUCGCAGUGCAAAGCCUUCAGUGGCUAUCAUGCGCAAAAAGAAAGCUGUCUGUUUCUGGAUUUUUCGCGGUUUUCAGCAGAUCCUCCGUGAACUCCACCACUGUAUCAGCGAGAUGCGUCCUCGACUACUGCUGCAAUCUGGUUGCUAUAGACACUCUGGCAGAUACAUUCCGCUUUGCCCAUGCCACAGUCCGAGAGUUUCUUGAGACUCUAGCCGACUACUCUGUUCACGAGGCUAGUACAACCGUAUCUAAGAGAUGCUUGAGUACCUACCUUUGGGGUGAGUAUUGUGAGGACGGCCUCUUAGACUAUGCAACUAGCUACUGGCCUGCUCACGUAGAGCAGCUCAGUGUAUCAUGUCAAAAAUCAGGGGUCCAGAAACUAGUCACCAAGUUCUUUACUGAAGAAGAACACUUAGAGGAUUGGCUAGAACAUCUCGACGAACGUCUAAUUGAGGACGGGUUUCGUUGGAGUAACUCGCUUGAGAGGAAGCUCGAAGCAUGCUUUGCUUCACCACCAUCGGUCUUGUUUACAGUUUCCUGUUUCGGGCUUUUCGAGGUGCUAGAUUCCCCCGAGGUCAUUGCAAUGAUCGACGUGAAUCAAAACAAUAGACAUGACACUUCGGGCCUGUAUCUGGCAGCUCGCUGGGGCCACGUUGAAGUAGUUCGGAAACUACUUCAUCUGGAAGCUGAUGUCAAUGCACCGGCAUAUCAAUAUGGCAGUCCACUCCAAGCAGCGUCAUUCAGUGGCCAUGAGGAAAUUGUGAAAACCUUGCUUGAUCAUGGCGCCACUUUCUCUCCGUCUGAGAAAGGUGAAUAUUCAAGUCCGCUCUACGCCGCUCUAGCAAAUGGCCAUGAGAGUAUCGCCGACAUUCUGCUUGAUGGUGGACUCAAGUUUUUCACACAAAGGCAGUUCACUGAUGCACUAGAUACUGCCAGCUUCAAAGGGUCUACUAAAGUCGUGGAGCGGCUUUUAAAUGGGACGGCUGGAGGUUUCACACCAAAUAUCCGCCCUGACCCUCUCCAGGUCACUCUCUUCGGCGGCAAGACAAGGCAAGCAAAGCGUUUGCUGCAGGAGUGUAUUGAUGUCACGGAAGAGAGAGAUACUUUGGCAAUGCCCUCGCUGCCGCCAUCGCUAUUCAUAAACUUGCCCUUGCGCAGUUACUUGUUGAUGCCGGUGCAAAACUCGACGCUCGUGGACGUUUUGGGUUCCCUUUGCGGGCUGCCACAAUUGCCAAUCAACUUGAGAUCGCGAGGUACCUUCUUGGGAAAGGUGCUGAUCCUAACGUGAGAGAUGAGCAGCUAGGUGACCCUCUCCAAGCAGCUGCCUCUUCUGGAAACUUGGACAUGAUGCUUCUGCUGCUGAGCCAUGAUGCAUAUGUGGAUGGCUUUGGCGGCCACUUCGGUAAUGCACUACAGGCUGCUUGUUUUUAUGGGCAUGAAGAGGCUGUUCGACUUCUCAUUGAGCAUGGUGCUGCAUUGGACCGGGCCGAUUUUGGGCUGGAGACGUGGCGGUAUCGCGAUGCACUGCAAGCCGCAGUACAUGCGGGCCACGAGAGCAUCGUCAAGUUGCUUUUGAUGGCUGGCGCAAACC